UUUUUUUACCACUGAGGUCACGUGUUUAGAGCUAACAGCUGAUGGUCACAGCUGAUCUUUACUGUCAGCGACACCGGUAACGUGGCACUUCACGGAACCAGGAUCAGAACCCAUCGUCUGAGACCUUUAGUGAAAGUGAAAGCAUUUCAAGCCUCGGCAGGUUAAAAAAAGCCCUGAAAUGGCUCCAACACUGUAUGAUGAGAAACCAAAGCCAGGGGACCUGAUUGAGAUCUUCCGUGGCUCUUAUCAGCACUGGGCUGUUUAUGUGGGUGAUGGCUUCGUCGUUCACUUGGCACCACCCUCUGAAGUCCCUGGUGCAGGAAACAGCAGUAUGAUGUCCGUCCUGUACGACAAGGCAGUUGUUAAGAAGGAGGAGCUCUGGGAUGUGGUGGGAACAAACAAGUGGGAGAUAAACAACAGUCUGGACAAUAACUACAUACCCCGUCCAGCUUAUGUUAUUGUGCAUGAUGCCUGUAAUAUGGUUGGUUUGGAGCUGCCGUACUGCAUCAUCAGGGGAAACUGCGAGCACUUUGUCAACGAACUGCGCUAUGGCAAGGCAGAGUCCCGGCAGGUGCAGAAGGCCGGUGAGGUUGUACUUGCGGCUGGUGCAGCUGCAGUUGUGGGUUUCGGUCUCAUCGCUCUGGGUAGAGCUGUGUUUGGAGGCAGCAAAAAUGAAAAUGACAACAUCCAGUGACUGAGGUCUGUUCAGAAGCUUUGAAUAACUUAUCAUCAGCGAAGCCUGAGGGCAACUUACCACAACUGAUCACAAAUAACACUGCCUAAUAACAUCUGAAUACGUGGGAUUUUACAUGGAACUGACUGACUUCUCCACUCUGUCUUCAACCAUCCAUCAGUUGAUUUAAAACUGGGUCAAAGGGUCAAAACCGAAGUUUUGACCUUUUCCCUCCAUUUUAGGGUCUAAAAUUUCUACAGAGCGCACAAGAACGACAGUAGUUUUUCUUAUCAAUAUGCCAUCAGAAAAACAUUGUUAAACUUUAACACUUAAAUUUCAUAUGACUAUAUUUACUAUAAAUAUUGCACUUUUUGUAAAUACAAGAAAUAAUUACCUGACAGCAACCAAAGUCAAACAUUUUUAAAAUUCUAAUGUACAUUUUUUUUGCUGUUAAAUGUCUUAUAAAGCAAUAAGUAUAUAUAUUUAGAAGGGCCAAUCUUGAAAUACAAAUUUGUUCUAAGACUCAUAGAAAUGUACUGUUUUGUUUUCCUUAUUUACCUGUUUGUUAUUAAUAAAGAAUGACAUGUGAAUGUU